AGCAUUGAGUUUUAUUUAUUAUCUAGCUGAAAGUUGUUUAUUGUCUCACAUUAAAAUGAGUGACUUGAAGUACAUAGUUUCACAACUUAAUCAAUCCCCUUUUAACAAGAAUUAUAAUCUAAUUUCGUUUGAUUCUCUUUCAGCCGAAGAUCUUUUACAGGUAAUAACCGACGUUUUUGCUGAGAUAGAUGACAAUAAUAAAAUUGAUGUCAGAACAGAAGAGCCUGAGCAAACAACUGUUAGACUUUUGACAAUGCUGAGAAUAUUAAAAUAUAAUCCUGGAUCAGAUAUAAAUGCGUCACUCUUUCGGCAAGGUCUUGUACAAGGAGAAAAGCAAAUUAUUCAUCCUAUACUAGAAUGGGCUCUACGGAAUUUAGAAGAUCUCAAAAAGCGAGCUUAUUUAGCCCAGUACCUCGUCAAAAUUGAUGUUCCUAUUGAGAUCAUGGGCGAUGCUGACGUAGCAACUAUAUAUGAGCAGUACGAGCAACUCAUCGAGGAAUUCAAAAAGGUACACAAGGAAAGUGAAUCGAUAAAACAAAAUAGUAGUUCCACAGCUGAGCUGAGGGCAGACAUUGAGUCCAUAGACAAGGAGAGAGACAUUGUCAUCAAGAAGAUUGAGCGUAUGUUGCGAAAAGUUGAAAAUGUCUCCAACAGAGAAGCUUUGCUGGAGGCUUCUCAUGAACUGAGAGUUGAGAGAGAGCGUAAAAAGGAAUUGGCAAAACAGAAACAAACUGAAGGUGCUGCUCUCCAUCAAACGCAACAGAGACUCACUCGUCUUUCCCAACAACUGAGAGAGAUGAGACAGGCAUCACUUGGCGUUUCGCCUGAAGGCUUGGUUCAGCGUUUGGAAGAGGAAGCUAGCAUGACUUCUUACAUUGUGAAACAGAAAUUGCCGAGAGAAAUCGAGCAGAGAAAGAGAGAAGUUGAAGUUCUAUCAACAGUGGCAAUGGAGCCAGCUCUCACUAGAGCCAAUGUUGAUAUGCUGCAUGCAAAGAUUCAAGCUCUAACAAGUGAAGUGAAUGAGUUGGUUGAACAGCACCUGGCCACAACCAAUCCGGUUGAUGACAAACUGGCACCUUUUCGGCAGCAAGCAGCAAUCAUAUCUAGGAAAAAAGAUGCCAUAGCCGAAGAGUUCUCACAACUUAAAAGCAAAUUGAACAAACUUCAGAAAGAAAUACAUGAGAAACAAGCUGCUAUCACGGAAGCGGGGGGAGGAGGUGGUGUUUUGAGAGGCGAAGAUUUCAAGCGUUAUGUUUCGAAGCUGAGGCAGAGGAGCUCCGUCUACAAACUGCACCGGUCUGAGCUGGCGCAGCUUAAAGCGGAGGGUGGAGUCCUCGCAAGAACCCUCGACGUCCUGCAAUCGGAAUUGGCCGACUUGCAAGAUGUUGGCGUGAGUCAUUGCCUGAUUCAUUAUAAUAUAAUAUCUAUUGAGAAACAAGCUGCUAUCACGGAAGCGGGGGGAGGAGGUGGUGUUUUGAGAGGCGAAGAUUUCAAGCGUUAUGUUUCGAAGCUGAGGCAGAGGAGCUCCGUCUACAAACUGCACCGGUCUGAGCUGGCGCAGCUUAAAGCGGAGGGUGGAGUCCUCGCAAGAACCCUCGACGUCCUGCAAUCGGAAUUGGCCGACUUGCAAGAUGUUGGCGUGAAUCUUCGGCCACUGAGAGAUCAAGUGAGAGACAUGACUGAGUCAUUUGAAGAACAGAAGAAAAUUUAUGAUCGCACCUCUGCUUCACUUGACAGUGGUCUUGUUAAACUUGAACAGGAGGUGAGAUCUCUGAGAGAAGAGCGUGAAAGUGCCGAAUCUCAAAUAGCUCUACUCAAUGCUAAAAGCAACAUUUUAGACGUCCGCCUGCAACUUCUGGCUGAAGAGAUCAGACUUUAUGUGGAAAAAGGAUCUACACCGACACUGAGGGAUAAACUUACUCAGAAAAUUAUGGAACAAGAAAGAAUCAGUCGCCAAUUAAGAGAUGAACAGUGCAAAGUUCGAGAAACACAAGAAAAAUGCAAACAUCAACAUGAAAUGUGGAAAAGCAUAAAAGACGGCUGCGAGGUGAGAUCUCUGAGAGAAGAGCGUGAAAGUGCCGAAUCUCAAAUAGCUCUACUCAAUGCUAAAAGCAACAUUUUAGACGUCCGCCUGCAACUUCUGGCUGAAGAGAUCAGACUUUAUGUGGAAAAAGGAUCUACACCGACACUGAGGGAUAAACUUACUCAGAAAAUUAUGGAACAAGAAAGAAUCAGUCGCCAAUUAAGAGAUGAACAGUGCAAAGUUCGAGAAACACAAGAAAAAUGCAAACAUCAACAUGAAAUGUGGACAAGCAUAAAAGAGUUAUUAGAAUGUAAAAAACGAUGCAUGGAAGAAGAAAAGAGAAACGAUGGAAUAUUACAUCUUGAAAAAGGAGCUGAAACUCUAGUUCUUCCAAUAAAUUGAAUAAGUUCACAUCUAUGAAUGGUUAUAAUCUCAGUAGGCUGUCUGCUUGGAGGGUAUUUCGUAUUUGUAGAAAUCCUGUAAUAUGAGAAAAUGCUCCUUUAUACUAAAUACUAAGGUGAGCUAUGUGAUAAUACGGGGUGGGCAAUGAAGUCG